AAUAAUAAUAGUAAUAAUAAUUACACCUCGUGAAGUACCCUUAAAAGACGCGUCUCGCCGUCUCAACAGAUUCUGUCGAUCAUUCGCCAACACGCAACUACUGUCCGUCUUCUACCGUUGCACACUCGAUAAUAUAUUACCAUAUUAGAAUAUAUACACUUGUGUUUCGACGGUCGGCACCAUCAUCUACGAACGCAUAUCACCGUACAAUAAUAUUAUUAUAAUAUAUUAGUUACGCGACCACCACAACAAACCGAAGACAACGGUGACAAACGAGCGGAAACGAAAUCAUAAUAAUCUAGUAAAAUUAAUAUUUUAAUAAUAUUAUACCGGGAGCAGGCCAGUCGAUAUCGUUGAAAUGUUGGCCGCUACAAAAACGGUUGCCGCCUUCGCGUGCCUGGCGAUGGCUAAUUUCGGAGUCCUCCAAGCAAUGCCGGUAACCGAUGAACCAGCUGGAUCAUGCUGUCCGCCGGUGUCACAAAGGCAAAACUCCAUACCAGUACACUAUGUGACGGGCACACACUACGAAGUCGGAUACAGCGUCGGACGGACUUUUGGAUCAAUGAUUAAAGAAUAUAUCCGUUUGUAUGAGCCACUUCAGAGUGAGUUCUUACCAAUGUACGCCCAACCGGAAGGGCGGCAGAUUUAUGAAGAAAGUUUGAAGUCUACACAAAAAUUCUUCCCUCAGUAUGUGAUCGAGCUACAAGGAGUGGCCGAUGGAGCAGGAGUUCCGUUUCACGAGUUAUUCCUAAUGGCCUUAGACGAUACACUACCAAAGAAUUUAAACGCCUCGAGUAAAGAUAAAGGGCCGGUAGGAUGUACUUCACUCAUGAUUAAUCAGCAAAAUGCACAGUUGUUAGGGCAUACAGAAGACGCGAUGUCCGAGACGGUAAACAACUUUUAUAUAGUUGCUGCUCAUGUGGUGCCCGGUGAAUCCGAGCUGGGUGGAGUGUUCCCGGCCAGAGAAGAGAAGUUCGAGGCACUCGCGUACGCUGGACACUUACCGGGUUAUGCCAGUGGUCACAACCACUACGGGCUAGUGUUCUCGAUCAACACGAUAUUCGUCAGUAAACCGUUGAGGGGCAAAAUCCCCCGAGAGUUCAUCACGAGAGCGGUGCUGGCCACACGUGCUAACCUGGGCGAUAUCUUGGACGUGUUGACCAACGAAGGCGUAGGCACGGCCGAUGGAUUCAACAUGAACUUUGCUUUCCUGCACGUACCCAACGAAUCGCGUGUUUUUCACACGGUCGAAGUCACCCCAAAAGCCGACUCUGACAGGUCGGAAGUGUACCUCGCAGACUUCAAUAUGGGAAGCAACUCGAUACAUACGAACAGAUUACUCCAUCUGAAGUACCCGGAACUGAACGAAGCCGCUUACGGGAGCAGCAUGGCCAGGGAGAGCCGGUACAAGCAGAUUACGGCCAAUAAGACCGCUGCGAACCUCCAGGACAUGUUAGAUGUACUCGGCAACAGGGACGAUGAUCCGUGGCCGAUCUUUAGUGACAAGGCCGACGCCAGAGUCAGCACGAUAAAUUUGGGCGUUUUCGAUUUCAACAAGAAAACUUGGACCUUGUGGACCAAUGAUCCAAUCGACAGCCCACCUGUGUUGCAAUUGCCACUAACAUUCACGGACUUGAUUGGCCCAACAAGUAGCGAUAUAGGCAUCAACAGGAUCGAAGUUAUCGAAACGAUUUAUCCUGACAAAUAAUUAGAUAUUAUAUUUAUCAACAAUUUAUCACCAAUAGUCAUAUUACCAUUAUAUAGUAUCCCUAUAUCUACAUUAUAUAUUUUGGUCGUUAAUAUUCAUUAUUAUAAUACAUAAUGUCAUCGAAUAUCUAUAACAAAAAUAGUACGACAUUAUAUCCUAUGCUGAGUUAUUAUAUAUAUAUAUAUUAAUUAUUGUUAAAUUAUUACCUAUUAUAUUAUAUUUAUAUAUAGAUUAUUUACAAAA